UUAAAUGGGGAUCAAUUUGCCUGAGAGCAAGGAUCAGACCAAAGUCCCGUCUAGUUUGGUACUCUGUUUCCAACAGCAGCCAAUCCGAUGGCUCUGGAAACUCACAAACACAUUAGGGCGAUGGCUUUCCUGUGCUAUCCCGUGAUACGGCCUUUCUCUUUACUUAACUCACUCUACAUAGAGGUUCCAUUUCACUAUCAUGAACAGCAGGUGAAAGCAGAUUUUGCAUUUCUCUUCUCUGCCUUGAAGCCCCCAAAAAGCCUCCAGUGGGCAUUACCAGAACGUGUGGCUGUGAACUGAUGAAUUGCACACUGCAUGAAGAAAUCCUUCUGUCAGUCCUGCUCUCCCACAGGACAGAUGUUUGCUUCUUGCUGCCCGCUCGCUGACUUCUCGUUUUGUUUGGUUUUCAGGUGGAGCAGAUACCUGAAGAUAAAAUUUACAAAGAACGACAGCAUACAGGCUGAAGUUGAUCUGCUUGGUUAUUGUGCCAAAGAAUGGAAAGAAGAAACAGAGCAAGCCAGGCAGAUGAGAGAGGCCUAUGAAGAACUGUUUUGGAAACAUCAUGUAAAAUACAUACGUCAAGUCAGGGAAGAUAACUACUGCGUGUUGAGAGCUGUAUUGUUUCAGAUAUUCAGCCAAGGUAUUCCUCUUCCACCCUGGAUGAAGGCAAUAGAUGUUCUCAAGCUCCCCGAGAAACUUCUUUACUCGCAAGGUUGUAAUUGGAUCCAGCAAUAUAGUUUUGGACCAGAACAGUAUACCAGCUCAAAUACAUUAGGGAAAUUACGCAAAUGUAUCGAUAUGUUAAAAAAUCAGUGGGUGGAAAUCAGUAGCAUUAAGGACCCAUAUGAAAGAGGAAAUCUGUGCAGUGCUCUUUUUGGUGAUGAAAGUACGGAGCACCAGAUGUACGAAGCUGUAAAAUUCAUCAUGCUAUACCAAGUAAUAGAAGCCUAUGAAUGCUUGGCCAACAAGGAGCACAUCCCAAGCUUUUUUCAUCUCCUUUUCACGCGUGACACCUCCUUGGACCCUCUGAGUUACAUGAUGAAUCAUCUGAAUUCAGUAGGAGACAAGAGAGGCCUUGACCAGGUUGAUAUGUUCCUCCUUGGGUAUACUCUGAAAGUGAAGAUAAUCGUUUACAGACCGUUUAAGUUUAACUCAGCAGAUUUUCAAGUAAACUAUAUGGAGGCGUAUCAGAGGGACUGGCAUGAAGUCUUUCUUCUCACUGAAGAUGACCAGCACUAUCACAUCCCUGUUACCCAGAUAUAAAACUGAUUUCUGGUGGAGUAUCAGAAGCGCCUGACAUCAGAUCCCCAACUGAAAAGCCGCGUUAGACUGUUGGGCUUAGAAUUUGGGAAGCCUACCAACAGGUCCGUGCUCAGCCACGAAGCGCACUGGAUGGCCGUGGGCCAGGCCGCCACUCCUCAGCUUAACCUACCUUACAAGUUUGUUGUUAGAGUAAGCUGAGUUAACUCCAUGUAUGCCUGCCAACCUUUGGUCCACCAACAGGAGAACUCUGAACACCCUCACCAAGAAACAAUUCGCUUCAGCGGAAACUCGCAGUCAAAAUAGUUUACAGUCCAUAUAAGAGCCAAACUAGACAUGAUGGUCAACACCGUUUUAGAGAUUUUAUUCCUUUUAAAUUGUUGUGAAUGCCUGAUACUGAUACCCACACCUUUCCAAGUGCUUGAAAAGGCACAGGGAAGAGACAGAAUCUCCUCCCCCCGACCCACCCCGUUUUGUAGCAUUUUUUAAAUGAACAAAAUCUUCUCUAAAAUAGUGUCUGCGGUCCCAGGUCUGCCCUUUGGCCGCAGUCACGUCUAGUUUGGCCCUGAGUUGGGGACGUAUAUCUGUCCUUUGAGUCUGCAAUCAGAAUUCCACAGAAGUAAAAGAUUUUGCUCAUAUAAUUUCCAGUACAGUCCUCAGUUGAACGGCUGGAGCUUGUGAUCCUGGCAUGACCCCUGACCCCUCAUCACUGCGCUAAGAGUCCUCUAAGGGUCCUUACAACCACUAAUCAGAUUCUGCCAAUAGACAGCUGUUCCUGUGUCAUGCAAUGUCUGAAACCUGGCUUUGCCAUUGGAAAAGACGCUCAGUAGGAACGGAAGCCACUUUCAAUCCUGCCUGACUCCCUGGCCGGGGUGCCUGUUUCAUGCAUGCCUUUGCAGAUGCAUGUCUGUUACAUCCUUGUUUUAUGUUCUCUCAUGUAUAUACCUGGGGAAAAAAUUGUAACAUGUGAAGUGGGUUGGAGACUACCGUUGCAUUUGUCCACAUCCUGUUCAAAAGAACAGCAGCAGCAACCUGGCAUGCAGAUGCUGGAUGACUCUCUCACACCUGCUUUCCCCUGUGUAUGUAAUUCCAUAAACCUCCACUGCUUGCAGCCAACCCAGUAUAUUCCUCUAAUCUGCUUGGUUGCUGUUGCAAGCGUCGCUUGUGCUUCUGCAAUUCUCAGUAGGGUUGGGCAAACCCCACCCUGCUAAAAUGUUGUUAUUAGGCCCACUAAUUAUGAGCUCCUCCUAUGAAAGGUUAAAAAAAAGGGACUGCGUUCCAAAUUGUAAUGCUUUGGCAAAUGUAUGUCUUCACCACGCUGCUUUGCUAGCAUGGGCUGGGCAAGUGGGGGAGGUGUCAGUUGAGCAACCAUGUGAUGCUCCCAUGUACACGGCUGGAUUGCAGUUCAGCCUGGCCAGAGUUCUGCAAAUUAUAGUACUUUUUUCCAGUUGAGUCAAUUUUAGCUGUUGGGAAGGAAGGAAAGACCCCUUCUCAUGCUGAUCAAGGAACGCCAAGUUUUUCAACAGAGGCUACUGGUCUUGGCUGCCUGGUCUGCAUAUACAUCCCACAUCAUAUCUGCACAAAAUAUGUCUAGUUACAGAGUAAGAAUGAUUUAAGGGUAAGGUUGCCUUGCUCCGUGAUAAAUGAGUAUUGUAAGCAGUGAAAAUUUGUACCGUGAGCUGCUAUUUUCAAAUGUUGUCAGCAUCACUACAUCUUAAUUAGGGUAUCUUAAUACAUAUUAAGUAGCAAUCAGUAGAACUGACUGUGUGCAUUCUGCCAUAAUUGAGGCAGUGCCUGUGCUCCAAAUUCUACCGGGAAAAGCUGGGUUCUGUAACUUGCAUAGAUUAUACAAGUUAGCACCUUUGUAUACCGGUAAUUUAUUGUGCAGAAUAAUUCUGCAAACUCUACAACUUCUUAUGAUUCUGGUUUUGUUCAUCCAGCAAUGAAGCACAGAGCUAUAUAGGGCACUGAAACCCUGCCUUCCCCAGCCUCUGGAUCCUGAGAUUUCAUCAAACAUUCCUUUUCCACACCUUCAAGCAUGUUUUUACAGCUAUAGGGACUAGAAACUUGCCUCCUAAAAGCAUGGAAGCUGAGAUUUUUACAAAGCUGACUUACGUGGCCAGCAUCACGUUUUGGUACUUUCUGCAUUCACAUGGAGUCAUGGCACAUGCACAGCUCUGGUUACAAUCCCUUUUGACAAAAGUAACUGUGCCUAUUUUAAAGGAACAUAUGCCUAAGUACUCUAUUAAAUGUAUUAAAAUAUUAAACUAUA